AUGGGCCUCCUGCGCAACUACAUGGACGCGAUGCUGACGGCCACGUUCUCGCCCUUCUCGUCGCCGCGCGGGUCCGGCAGCGCCACGACGCCCAAGACGAGCAAGAAGAAGUCGGCGGCGGCGGCGUCGACCCCGCGGACGCCGCCGCAACCGGCACCGGAGCCUGCGCCCAUGAUGCCGAUCGCGACCCCGACUACCGUCACCCGGUCGCCGCCGCAGCGGCUGUCCGACUUCAAGGUGCUGGAGACGCUGGCGCCGGCGCUCUUCGGAGAGGUCUUGCUGUGCCUCGACUCCAAGACCGGCCGCCAGUUCGCCGUCAAGCGCGUGGACCUCCGCUGCGCGCGCGCCCGGGUGACCAUCGGCAAGCAGAUCCGCGUGGUCGAGAGUCUGCAGCAGGAGCGCGCCGUGCACCGCAAGCUCGUGGCGGCGCAGACCUCGAACCUGCUGCUGCUGGAGGAGGAGGUGCAGUGCGGCGGCAACCUCUACCUCGUCUUCCCGUUCUGCUCGGGCGGAGACCUGUUCGACGUCGUGCGUCACAGCCCCCUCGACGGUCGCCUGCCCGAGGCCACCGCGCGUCGCUUCCUGCGCGACGUCGUGCGUGGACUGCUGUGCAUGAAGCAGAACGGCCUGGCGCACCGCGACAUCUCGCUGGAGAACGUGCUGCUGGACGCCGAGGGCGUCUGCCACGUGUGCGACUUCGGGCUGGCCACGCAGCACGGCAAGCCGCUGGCGCCCGGACGCGUGGGCAAGGCCUGGUACAUGGCGCCCGAGGUCUUCGCAGCCAAGGAGCCGUACGACCCGCUGGCCGCCGACAUGUGGUCGCUCGGCGUGCUGCUGGCCAUCAUGCUCGCGGGCGCGCCGCUCGUCGAGAAGCCCACGAGCGAGGACCGGCAGUUCCGCGUCCUGAGCCACGGCGGGGGCGUGCGCAAGCUGCGGCGCGUGUUCCCGCGCAAGCUGUCGGAGGUGACCUGGGACCUCCUGGAGAAGCUGCUGAGCAUGGACCCGCGCAAGCGCCCGACUCUGGAGCAGGUCGUGGAGCACCCGUUCCUGACCUCCGACCUGCACCACCACACGCCCAACUACUCCAACUGCUUCUCGCGGUGA